GUAAAGUUUGGCUUUUUUUGCUCGCAUUUGAUUCCCUUUUUAACCGUGAAAUAGUGGAGGUACAGUGAAUUAAAGUGCAUUAGUACGUAGACCUUGUGAAGUGCUUUCGUUUGGUAUAGUGCAUGAUAGGCUGCCUGUCGAAACUAAAGUUUGUUGGCAUAAAUUAGUUUUGCUCGCUCUGUUAGCAGCGGCAAAAAAUAACAAGCAAGUGCGCCUUUACUGUGUGGUGGCCCGCUCACGGGCGAAGAAAAAUGACUUCAAUAGCUUGCAGUGUGUGCGCACAGCGUAUUGCUAGUGAACCCGAUGGUAUUCACUGCUCUGGCGGGUGCGAGCAAAUAUUACACGAAGAAGGAGACACGUCUCAACGAUGUGCAGAAAAUGUGUAGUGUGCUUUUGCAAAAGGUCGAAGAAAUCACUAAGGCUGUCUGCGAUGGUGAUUUGAAAAUACGGAAUAUUGUUUCAGAGCAGUACAGCGCUUUUGAAAAACGAAUUUUGCCGCGCCUUAAAUCUACCGUUGAAGAUGUUGUUUCCGCAGAAGUAUCAGUGCUGCGUGACCUAGUUCGGCGAGCGGGUACGGAUCAGAUGUGUGUCGAUGAUACCGAGACCGGCAAUAAAGUUGUAAAGAACACUGCAGCCGUUGCCACUUAUGCCAGCGUAACCCGUUCUAACUUAGCUCCAACAAGGCUGGAAAAACGCAAGGCGCAUCCUGCCGUUUUGGAAGAUGAUAAUGACGAUUGCAGCAUUCUGAGGUCCGGAAAACGACGGAAAAUGACUACUAAAAAAACUUCCAGAAACGAAUCAAGUGGUGAAUUAACGGCUGCGUGCGAAACGCCUGUGAACACGUCAAAGUUACAGUCACUUAGGCCAGUUUCGCAUGUUGCGAAAAACAGUGCAGUCUUGAAAAUGGAGCAAACUGUUCUGUUCAAACCGAAAGUUGUUCAACUAGCGGAAAUAACAAGGAAAGACAUUCGUGAGAAGUUGGAUCCAAUUGUCUUCGAUGUCAAAGAAGUGUACUACCGUGAAAAUGGAGAAGCUACUAUACGGUGUGGUUCGAACGAGCUUGCACUGAAAAUGGCUCACGAUGCUAAAAAUAAGUUCUCCGAGGUAUAUGUGAUUGAAAACCUGAAACCUCUGAAGCCAAGAUUCAAGAUAAUAGGAUUAAGUGACGAAAUCCCAGAAAACGAAAUAAUCGCCAAAAUGAAACAACAAAACCAUUUGCCUGAAACGGCUGAUUUGAAAGUUAUUCGCGUACAGAAGUCCAAACGAACUGAAAACACAAGAGUGGUAGUGUUUGAAUCUGACCCCUCGACGUUCUACUGUCUGAUGAAAGCGCAACGGGUCAAUAUUGGCUGGGAUCGCUGCCGAAUCUUCGAGGUUGUUGAUGUAAUGCGCUGUUACCGCUGCUCUGAAUAUGGCCACAAAGCAGCGACAUGUAAAAAUUUAGUAUGCUGUCCAAAGUGCGCAGAAGAACAUCCAAUAAACGAGUGCAGCUCUGAUUUCGAAAGAUGUGUUAACUGCCAACUAUUUAACUCAGAGCAGGAACUUGAUGCCGACAAGCUUGAUUUUAUUCAUCCCUCUUGGAGCUCUGAAUGCCCGCUGUACCAAAAACGCUUGAAGAAAGCCAAACUUAGAAUUGACUACUCGACAUAGCAACCAAUGAAGCUAGCCAUCCGCAAUCGAAAUGAUGAUGACUGCACGACAGUUUCUCCAGGUAAAGCCAAAGAGGGUAUAUGUCCUCCCGAAGUUACCUACGAUACUGCACCCCCUCAAAAUAAUUUCUGGUUCCAGUCUACCGUUGAACAACCUACUUCCGGCUCCGUAGCUGAUAUUCAUCUAGCCAUCCGCAAUCCGUAUAAUGAUGACCGCAAGACUGUUUCUCCAGGUAAAGCCAAAGAGGGUAUAUGUCCUCCCGAAGUUAUCUACGAU